UCUGAUUGGCUGACACAUGUCAGGUUUGUUGUUCGCCGAAGUGGGCUUCACCAAGUGCUCGAGGAUCGUCCGAUCUUGUGUGGAAGUCUUCCCGAAAAACGUCGUCUGUGAGACGUUUACUUGACCCACAUCCUUUAACCCAGGUUCAUGGAACGCUGUGACUUCAUUUGAAGCUUCCGAGAGCGUCUGUUGGUGAUUUUUUGAGGCGGGAAAAGGUGUUGUUUACAUGUACGUGCGUGUUGGUUAGUCAGCACGCGCCUCUCAGGUCCCCUCCCACCACUGUCUGGUCCUGUCACAUUCCUCCUCGUACCGCGGACAUUGCCGCUGGCCUGGACCAAGUCCAAGGGCCUUAGGAGACCGUCACCAUAUUUGCCCCCACCCUCAAGGCCUAGCUCCCUGGGGUCACGGGUUCCUCAAGCCCAGGACGAUCUCACUGGCGGAGGAAAACUCCAUCCAUGAUUCGCUUCAAGCUGCUGUCAUGCAAAUCCAUCAAGCAGCCGUAAGUUGGUGGUCAAGUCUCGCUGGACCGACAUAAAGGGAUAAUACGACAUCGGCAGCUACGACAACGACAAAGACACUGGGCUGGUUGCCCACCCCCUCCCCUCUGUCCACCCCAUCCACAGCACACCUCUGCAGACUGUGCUGGUCCUGCAGCCUUACACAUCGACCCUGGCUGUCACCCUGCUGCAGUGAAGGGUCGCCUCUCCCAUCUGCUCCACACCAGGAAUGCCCUCGGUAUUCAGCAGUGACAGUCCCAACGUAAUGGCCAACAACAAUGGCAAUAAUCUGGCACUAGGGUCAGGCUUGGCAGAAAGUUUAGGUAGCCGUUCCAUCUCCAGGCUCCCUAGACAGCUGAACAGAACCCGCAAGGGAGAAAGAGCUAGAUCUGAACCUAGGCUGAGAUGUGCCGGGAAGGAACUGGAUAGAGUUCAGUUCCAAGGCCUAAGUCAGCUCAGGCUCUCGACGUACCCGUGGAAUCACGAAUGGGGAAAGUCAAGAAGUUCAUGUCAUCCCCGCUGUCCAGGAAGAAACUCUCGCCAGGCGCUAAACUGUUCGGAGCACCUCUAGAGGCAGUACCACGUGUUACAGAUCUCAGCAUACCCUCCAUCGUCAAGAAAGUGGUAGACUUCAUCACUAUGCAUGGUAUCGGACACGAAGGAAUCUUCCGCGUGAACGGUAACACAAAAGUGGUGGAGAAGAUGAAGACGAGUUUCGACAAAACAGGCGACGCGAAUCUGGAAGAGUUCGGAGACGUCUUCUCCGUGGCCUCCCUUCUGAAGAUGUAUCUGAGAGAACUUCCCGACGCGGUCAUCCCUGAGAGCCUCCACUCACAGUUUGUGGCUGUACAGGAAGAUUUCCUGAACGAUCCGGUGGAGUGUAGACGACAAUUCCGACUUCUAAUUGACAAGCUGCCGCCAGAGCACUUCUGCCUGCUGAAGUACCUUAUCCAGUUCCUCGUCAGGGUGUCCUGUCAGCAGGACACCAACAAGAUGGGCUCCAUGCAGUUGGCCAUUGUCUUCGGACCCAACCUCUUCAAGUGUCCCGACGGUGUAGCAGGUCUGAGGGAACAAGGCAUCACCAACCAGAUAGUCAAGAGGUUUAUCGACGACUACGACGAACUACUUCUAGAGGAGGGUGAAACGUCACCUUAUUCAUCCAAGUGUAUCCAGGUGAAGGAACGGAAGACCCCUCCCCCUAGGCCCAACCCCACUUACAAAGAGGCCCUUAAAAGGAAGGCUGAAGAGGAGGAGGCUUCUCGUAAUGGCCAGGGUGCAAUUGAAGACCAGCCAAAAGUUUACAACAGUGCCAAAUAUGAGGACAGCAACCACAAUGUACAGAUAAACAUUGUCGACGCUGCUGGGACCAGCAAGGAUUAUCUCAGGGCAAGCACUAGCUCGAUAGAGGAUGACAGGAGCGAUUCUCCAUUUGUUUAUGACAGUGAUGCCACCACAUACUCACCCAUUGUUGGCUCGUUUGUGCAAGAGGUAGUGGAGCAGACCAUCCAUGAGACGGUGACCAAGCACAUGUUUGGGAACAGCAGCAGCUCGGAGGGAAGCGCCCAGGUGGAACUGGACACAACUCUCCAAGGACUGGACGUCAGCCUCAACGAUCCGCUAGAUUCACCUAAAGAUGCUCCAGUGCCAACUCCUAGGCGGCGGAGACGCCAGAAGAAACUAGAAGAAGACAGGAGACAUGAUACAGAGUCAUCAGAAGAAUGUAGCCCAGAGGACAGUAACAAUAGGGGUGCAGUGGAUAAAAUAGAUAGUUUGCAGGCAGCUGAAGAAGAAGACAUAUCAGCCACAUUAUCCUUCCGGGAGAAGGUCAAGAUUUUUGACGUGGACCAAAGCUCCGCGCCCGUCGGUGACGACAGGCCGGCAACCCGUCCGAGACGACAACGACCAAAUUCUCAAGCCUUUGAACUUUUUGAAACGCAAGAGCCUCAUAAAGAGGAGACCAUGGAAGAACCUGUUGCAAUGGCAAUCACCAUACCUCAUGCUGAAGAUGACACAACGACACCGAGUAGCCCCAAGGAACGGCCAGUUCCCAGACCAAGGAGCACCAGCAGUCCCAGGCUUCGGGUGGACGAUGCUCCCACACCCAGCCCUCGCAGGUCACUGGAUGUGAAGAAACAUGUGGAAUCAGACGACUUUGAAGAUGAUGAAGAUGUCUUCCCAACUCUCGACAGUUGUGAACCUUUGUCAUCUCUAACAGUAAACAGAGCCUCGGCACCAAAGAGGAGGAAACCAUCCAGAAAAUCUAAGGGGGAGGAUCACGAAGAAGACACAUUUGUGCAGAGAAUAAGCGAAGAAGAUAUCGAGGAAGUCAAGAUGGAGGAACCACCCAAGAGAGCACAGCCUGCUAAGAUGGAGGACACAAGUCCAGAGGACAUAGAGAAUAUCGUCCCACCUUUGGACCUGGCCAGCCUCCAUGAACAUGGUGAUGGGGACGAGCCGAUCCCUGCUGGCAUGUGGCACCACUCCCUGAAGGAGGAGGAGGAGGCCACACUGUCACCCCGCUCCACCAAACUGAAGAAACGACAACACAGCACCGGCCACAGCAGCAGUCCAAUCCCCAUCCACCAUCAUGGUCUCAUGGAGGCCGACUUUGAAGCGCCUCUGUCACCAAGUGUGUUACGCCCCCUUCCGUUCCUUCAAAGUGCUCCUGCUGAUGUGGACAUCCCACCUUCUCCCCCAGCAUCUCACAUGCACAGUAUGACCACAGAGGACAAAGAGAUUCGAGACCUGACCAAGAAAAUUCACAGUCUGAAAAAGAAAGUCCGAAGAUUUGAAUCACAAUUUGAAGAAGAAAAAGGAUACAGACCCUCACAUGCUGAUAAAAUGGGCAGAACCGACAUCCGCAAAAUAGUCAACGAUUUGUCUAAAGCUAAGAAAGACCUGAAAGAUAUCAAGGACCGGGCAAGAGAGGAGAGACACUCUCUGAGCAAGACCCUCCCCACCAAGUUGGACUACCCCUUCGGAGGGGGCGGGGGCGACCCAGACAGCCCCCUGAGCGCCCUGAGGGGGUCGCUGAACCAUGCACUUCACAUCUUGGCUGAGAAGAGGGAGGACGCAGACAGACCUGAAGAACUAGAGAGGUUGACCAUGGAUGAACUGCGUGAGGAGAAAGUGGCCAUGCAGAAAGAGCUCUUGCACCUUGAGUCCACUCACGGAAGACCUACAUCUAAGGUUGAGAAGGACAUUGUGCGUCCUCUCUACGAAAGAUACAGACAGAUCAAGAAAUUCCUCUCCAAGCCACCUUCUCUUGGGGACCUCAGAAAUUUGGAAACAAUUGAGGAAGGUGAGAUGAUGGAAUUCCAACAGACCCCUCCAAAGGAUGAUGGUUUCGGUACCACCAUGACGACCAAUGACUUCACGGUGACCCAAAACUUCGGACUCCUCCAGGAGACUCGUGAGGAGGAUGGGGAGGAGGAGGCUGACCAGAACGGGGAGGGAGCCAACGAGAACGAGUUCACUUCUGAGACACUGCACCAAGCUAGCCUACAAGAACUCUUGGACCACCUUAAGAAGCUGAGGUUGGAGAAGAAAAGACUCAGGGCUGUGCUGAAGAGGUUUGAGGAUGACUUCUUCACACAAAAUGGACGGAAAAUCGCAAAAGAAGACAGGGGAGACAUGUCAUCAGAGUACAAAGCUUACAAGACCGUUAAACAGAGUUUGAAGCUGGUCGAAGCUCUCAUCAACAAAAAGGAUGGCUCCAAAACCAUGUAGGCCGACAAAACUACUACAUGAGGAGAAGGAAGCACUAUGUAAUAUGCACAACAUAUCCAAGUCUUCACAACAACAACAAAGCAGCAGAGCAUGUUUUUUUUUCAAACUACAAUCAUAAUUACUAGUACUUGUAUUAUAAAAUGUAUUUGUGAUCUGUAUAUUGGUUGCCACUGUUAACAAAAAAAAAAGCCUGUACUCAACUUUACAGGAAAACAUUUAUGAUAACUUAUGGUAUCUACUAGCUAUCAGGAACUGUACAUGUAUGUUGCAUGGGCCAAAGCUUUACCAGCCACUGCUUUGUUUUGUCCUAUUCUGGUCGUCUGAUGUAAGAUUUAACUUUGGUUAUAAGAAGAUAAAUCAACUAGAUUGUCAAGCCCAAUAAGGUGUAAUGUCACAAAGUCUGUAAUAUCCAGUCCACAUGUUGGGUUAUGGUUAGACUGUACAGCUGGAAGAGUUGGGUUAUGUUUCAAUGGCACUUUGGAUGUUGUCUGGCCUACAUGUAUGUUCCCUUCUCACCUCUGGCUACUGUGUGUAUGAUAUAAGGACAACGCUUCAGUCCUUUGAAAAGUCCUUUUCCAAAAUGACUAUCGAGUGGAAUCGAUUGUCAAACAGACAGAGGUCAGAAAGGAAGUGUGGACUUGUGCAGGAAUUGUUUUUUCUUUUGUUAAUCGAACCGUGUGUUCCUAGAUAGGGAUGAGGCAGCUGCAAGCAUUCUAGGGUAAGGAAGAAGUUGUGCAUGGAAACAGAUUCCUUGUUGGUAUUGUUAGAUCACUUGAUAGUUUCCAACAGCCCUUGAGUUGAAGAAUGUGUAGGUAUGUUUUGUUGUGAUGCUGGGUGUAUGCUGGCGUACAGUCCAACCCAGUCCGUUUUCUUGGCAGCACCAACUGAAGUACACUUUAUAAUAAACCUGGUCACUAAAAUAUGUAUAUAAAGCUAUAGAGAGAUGAAAAAAUAUAUAGGCAUGCAAAUAUUACCAAGGAAGGUGGAUAGUUUCUUAUUUUUUUAAUAGGGUUGUACGCCAGCUUAUAUGAAGAGAUUCUCCAUCGUUGAGGAAAGUUACUUUGCUUUGGAAGUUUUCAUUGUUUCAGGAGUUGUCAGUGACAGCCGAAACAUUUCAAAUGAAGAAUGGUAGACAGAAUGGUAUGGAAGGUAACAUGUAUGUGUGUGAUGAUCACCGAGGGCUUUCAAUAGUUUUGCUACUACUACAGGACUGUGAUCUGUAUGUUGUGAAGUAUAAAUGGGUUACUGUCCGUAGUCUUUAGCGGCAAGUUAUGUUUGCAAUUAUUACAAAACACUCUAACUAAUUCCAGAUGCAUGCAAACUAGGAAUGAUUGUAGUUCAGAUAAAGAAAAUCUUUUUGUCAGGACCAAAAGAAACUGUUUUCAGGUGUACAACACUGUUUCACAUAUAGACAUGUUAGAAAUAUUUAGCUGUGAUGGUUUAGCUUUGUUAUUGGCAGCAAUAACUUGAGGUGAAAAGUUCGAGGACAGAAAGUUACAAGUACAGAAAAGUUCAGGACAGAGUAGUGUAGCCUAUCUGAUAAAUUGUCUACAUUCACUUCUUGUUUUUGGAAAGUAAAAAGUGCAUCCUCCUGUGCAAAGAUGUUGUACGACAGUUAGAAUAUUUUGAUGUUCAAAAGAAGUCUUCUUGUAGUACAUGUCCGAGAGGCAAUGGCAUUGAGUUGUUGGUUGUGUUGUACAGCAUGCACAAUUAUAUAAGACGUAGUAAUAGUAUUGAAUCUAAAAUUGUAUGCAUUUUUUGUUACUUAUGUACAGAAAGGACUUGACUGCCUUUGAAUUUAGUUAUGUGUUGUUGUAUGACUGUGAUAGUCAACAAUUUGUAAGUCACACAAAGUGUGCAAAUUUGACAUAUUCAUGCAUAUAUGCAAUGUUAUCCAUACAUUUACCUGCUGGCCAAAAUGUACAGAGAUGUUUCAGAAGGGUGAAUGGUGGUUGUGCAGCGAAUGGUGAAUGAUCAAAGAAUCUGAUAUUUUUGGAUAAUGAUUAUAAUAAGAGACUGAUAUGUUCCCCUCAGGGGUGAUAUACAUAUGUACAGGCUAAAGCGGUUCCCCAGAUCUGCUUUAUAACAAAAGAAAUAUUAACGAGGAAGGAUAACAGUGGAGUAGACAUAAUUUCAUAGGGUUUUGGUUAUUUUUGUAAUAGAUAGGAUGAAUAAACUUGCUGUGAAUAUGGCUGUGGAGUAUCAAAAA